CUCUCUGCCGCCGUCGCCGUCACCAGAGUUACUCAUCGUGGUUUGUCAAACGCUAGCGAGGCUCAUGUAUCGGACGAUCAUGCCUUCGAAUUCUACGUUUAAAGACCUCUGUCUAGAUUUAGGGGUUUUGCUUCUAGGGUUUAUCGUUAUCUGAGGUUUUUCUGUGUACCGUAUGUUCGGUCACGUUUUCUCCAGAAGAACGAGCUUCCUGGUACGUUGCUUUCACGUUGCUAAGAAAUUCUCGAAUCCUGAGCCGGAAGAUAUUCUCUUUAGUGCUCUCUGUUUGAAUUUAAGACAGAGAAGAUGGAACACUCUUCAUCAAUUCUCCUCGAGUCUCACAAAUCCGUUGAUAAGUCGAGUUCUUCGCGAGUUUCGAAGCUCGCCGAAGUUAGCUCUAGAGUUCUACAAUUGGGUUUUAAGGAGUAACACUGUGGCUAAGUCUGAGAAUCGAUUCGAAGCCUCUUGUGUGAUGAUUCAUUUGCUGGUUGGUUCGAGAAGAUUUGAUGAUGCUUUAUCAAUAAUGGCGAAUUUGAUGUCUGUAGAAGGUGAAAAGUUGAGUCCUUUACAUGUUUUGUCGGGUUUGAUUCGAAGUUACCAAGCUUGUGGUUCGAGUCCUGAUGUGUUUGAUUCAUUGGUUAGAGCUUGUACACAGAAUGGUGAUGCGCAAGGAGCUUAUGAAGUGAUUGAGCAGACGAGAGCAGAAGGUUUUUGUGUUUCUGUUCAUGCGUUGAAUAAUUUUAUGGGUUGUUUAUUGAAUGUGAAUGAGAUUGAUAGGUUUUGGAAGGUUUACAAGGAAAUGGAUUCUUUAGGGUAUGUUGAGAAUGUGAAUACAUUUAAUCUGGUUAUAUAUUCGUUUUGUAAGGAGAGUAAGUUGUUUGAAGCGUUAUCUGUGUUUUACCGGAUGUUGAAAUGUGGGGUUUGGCCUAAUGUUGUUAGCUUUAAUAUGAUGAUUGAUGGAGCUUGUAAGACGGGUGAUAUGAGAUUUGCCUUGCAGCUUUUAGGGAAGAUGGGAAUGAUGUCUGGAAACUUUGUUUCACCUAAUGCUGUGACGUACAAUUCUGUUAUCAACGGGUUUUGCAAGGCCGGGAGAUUGGAUUUGGCGGAAAGAAUCCGUGGUGACAUGGUCAAAUCAGGUGUUGAUUGCAAUGAAAGAACCUAUGGAGCUUUGGUGGAUGCGUAUGGUAGAGCUGGAAGCUCAGAUGAAGCCUUAAGGUUGUGUGAUGAGAUGACGAGUAAGGGACUUGUGGUAAAUACAGUUAUCUAUAACUCUAUUGUUUAUUGGCUGUUUAUGGAAGGUGACAUAGAAGGAGCUAUGUCUGUGUUGCGUGAUAUGAAUAGUAAAAAUAUGCAAAUUGAUCGAUUUACUCAAGCCAUUGUUGUCAGAGGUCUAUGCAGAAACGGAUAUGUAAAGGAAGCUGUUGAGUUUCAGAGACAGAUUUCAGAGAAGAAGCUCGUGGAAGAUAUAGUUUGUCACAACACGCUUAUGCACCAUUUUGUAAGGGAUAAAAAGCUGGCGUGUGCUGAUCAGAUUCUAGGGAGUAUGUUGGUUCAAGGUUUGAGUCUCGAUGCGAUUUCGUUUGGUACUUUGAUUGAUGGAUACCUAAAGGAAGGUAAGUUGGAAAGAGCUCUCGAGAUAUAUGAUGGUAUGAUCAAGAUGAAUAAAACAUCGAAUCUUGUGAUUUACAAUUCAAUUGUGAAUGGAUUAAGUAAAAGAGGAAUGGCUGGUGCAGCUGAAGCAGUUGUGAACGCUAUGGAAAUCAAGGACAUUGUAACUUACAACACGCUGUUGAACGAGUCUCUCAAAACCGGGAAUGUCGAAGAAGCUGACGAUAUCUUAUCUAAAAUGCAGAAACAGGACGGUGAGAAAUCGGUUAGUCUUGUGACUUUCAACAUUAUGAUCAAUCACUUAUGCAAGUUUGGUUCUUAUGAGAAAGCGAAGGAAGUUUUGAAGUUUAUGGUUGAAAGAGGUGUUGUUCCGGAUUCUAUAACAUAUGGAACUUUGAUUACAUCGUUUAGUAAGCAUCGCAGUCAAGAAAAAGUCGUUGAGCUUCAUGAUUACUUGAUUCUUCAAGGAGUUACACCUCAUGAACAUAUAUAUCUAUCUAUAGUUCGUCCUCUUCUUGAUAGAGAAAAUGGAAGGCCUUAGUCAACAAAGCCAAUGAAAGCUUGUUUCAGUUUUAGGAAGAAACUACUGAACUGUCCAGAGGGUUUGUUUUGGAGGUACGGUACGGAUCAGAUUCGUAUCCUGUUCGUACACGUGGACCCUUGGACGAUUCUUUGUAAUCAACGGUCAGUGUUGGAAACAGGAUCGCUUGACGUGGACCUGUAAAGCGGGGAUUGUCUGACACGUGGCGCUAAUGCACCGGCCAAACAAUUUGGUUGUCACGAGCUAUUACGAUACUUUCCACGUGAUUUGUUUAAGAUUAGCCGUCCAGAUUAUGUAAUGUUGGUAGACACCGUAAGGAAUAUAAUCUGAGAAGCAGACGAAUAUUAUUUUCCACAUUAUACAAACAAAUGGCUGCGUGUGAGAGACUGCGAUUGUAAAAUCUGGUGUUGUUAUUUUGCUAGAUGUCAACAAAUCAGAGCACCAUUGGUUUAAUUUCAUGAAUAAAAGCCACUGUUAUGAUAAAUAUAAUAAUAUUAAUC